CGCUUCCGGGCAAGGGCGGGGCUUCCGGCGGCGCGCUAGGUCGCGGGGCAUCUGGGCCUGGGUUGUCCUUUGCAUCCGCACGUGUUCGCAGUGGAUUCCGCGAUGCUACCUCUGCUGCGCUGCGUGCCCCGUGUGCUGGGCUCCGCCGUCCCCAGCCUCCGCGCUGCCGCGCCCGCCUCGCCUUUCCGGCAGCUCCUGACGCCGGGGCCCCGGCUGUGCGCCCGGCCCUUCGGGCUGCUCAGCGUGCGCGCAGGUUCCGAGCGGCGGCCGGGCCUCCUGCGGCCUCGAGGACCCUGCGCCUGUGGCUGUGGCUGCGGCUUGCUGCACACUGAAGGAGACAAAGCUUUUGUUGAUUUCCUAAAUGAUGAAAUUAAGGAGGAAAGAAAAAUCCAGAAGCAUAAAACCCUCCCUAAGAUGUCUGGAGGUUGGGAGCUGGAACUGAAUGGGACAGAAGCGAAAUUAAUGCGGAAAGUUGCCGGGGAAAAAAUCACUGUCACUUUCAACAUUAACAACAGCAUCCCACCAACAUUUGAUGGUGAGGAGGAACCCACGCAAGGGCAGAAGGUUGAAGAACAGGAGCCUGAACUGACAUCAACUCCCAAUUUCGUGGUUGAAGUUAUAAAGAAUGAUGGCAAGAAGGCCCUUGUGUUGGACUGUCAUUAUCCAGAGGAUGAGGUUGGACAAGAAGACGAGGCUGAGAGUGACAUCUUCUCUAUCAGGGAAGUUAGCUUUCAGUCCAGUGGCGAGUCUGAAUGGAAGGAUACUAAUUACACACUCAACACAGAUUCCUUGGACUGGGCCUUAUAUGACCACCUGAUGGAUUUCCUUGCGGACCGAGGGGUGGACAACACUUUUGCAGAUGAGUUGGUGGAGCUCAGCACAGCCCUGGAGCACCAGGAGUACAUUAGUUUUCUUGAAGACCUCAAGAGUUUUGUCAAGAGCCAGUAGAGCAGACAGACGCUGAAAGCCUUAGUUUCACGGCAGGCUCUGGCCAGUGAACAAGUCCUACUCUGAAGCUAGACAUGUGCUUUGAAAUGAUUAUCGUCCUAAUAUCAUGGGGAAAAACACCAAAUUUAAAUUAUAUGUUUUGCGCUCUCAUUUAUUAUCAUUUUUCCUGUACAAAUCUAUUAUUUCUAGAUUUUUGUAUAACAUGAUAGACAUAAAAUUGGUUUAUCUCCUCCAAA